UAUACUUGACUUCUAUAAAUAUCAUUUGCAAGCAAUGCCGGCAGCUUCCGUUUCACUUUCGCCUUGCCUUCUUCACCGGCCCUGGAUUCCACCGCCCGCCAAACUCGAAAACUACGAUGGUAAAUCAACCUCCGAUCACCGAUGACCUAUUUCCCUACGACGAUCGCCAAAACGACGCUGGAGCAGCAUUCGUCCUCCAAUCCAAAGGAGAAUGGUGGCAUGCCGGAUUCCAUUUGACGACGGCGAUUGUCGGACCGACGAUUCUAACGCUGCCGUACGCGUUCAGUGGACUAGGUUGGGGAUUAGGGAUUUUCUGCUUGACGAUUAUGACGGUUGUGACUUUCUAUUCGUAUUUACUCAUGUCUAAGGUUCUGGAUCACUGCGAGAAGGCCGGUCGCCGUCACAUCCGAUUCCGGGAACUCGCCGCCGACGUGUUAGGAUCUGGAUGGAUGUUUUACUUUGUAAUAUUUAUUCAAACGGCUAUCAAUACUGGAGUGGGAAUUGGAGCAAUCUUGCUGGGUGGACAGUGCAUUGAGAUACUAUAUUCAAACUUUUAUCCAAAUGGAUCGAUGAAACUGUACGAGUUCAUAGCAAUAGUAACAGGGGCAAUGAUAAUUCUGUCUCAGCUUCCAACCUUCCACUCUCUUAGACAUGUCAAUCUGGCCUCUCUGCUUCUCAGCUUGGGCUACGCCUUUCUUGUGGUUGCUGCUUGUAUCAUUGCAGCAACCAGAAAAGAAGCUGGAUCAAGGGACUACAGCUUAGAGUCGUCACCAAAAUCAAGGGUGUUCAGCGCCUUCACAUCCAUCUCCAUUUUAGCAGCCAUUUUUGGGAACGGAAUCCUCCCUGAAAUCCAAGCAACUCUGGCAGCUCCGGCUAGUGGGAAGAUGGUGAAAGGGCUUUCCAUGUGUUACACCGUCAUAUUCCUAACCUUCUACGCCAUUGCUGUGUCUGGAUAUUGGGUGUUUGGGAACAGGGGUACCCCCAAUAUCUUGCAGAGCUUGAUGCCCGACACUGGGCCUUCUCUUGCGCCCACUUGGAUUUUGGGCCUCGCUGUUAUUUUUGUUCUUCUUCAACUCCUAGCCAUUGCCCUGGUAUAUUCACAAGUGGCAUACGAGAUAAUGGAGAAGCAAUCAGCUGAUGUAAAGAAAGGGCUGUUUUCCAAAAGGAACCUUAUUCCAAGGAUCAUACUUCGUUCAAUGUACAUGAUUAUGUGUGGAGUUUCUGCUGCAAUGCUUCCAUUCUUUGGAGACAUUAGUGCUGUAGUGGGUGCUAUUGGCUUCAUUCCUCUUGAUUUUGUUCUACCAAUGCUUCUCUACAACAUCACCCACAAGCCACCCAAAUCAUCCAUCACCUAUUGCACCAAUCUCGCCAUCAUCAUCGUCUUCACCGGAGUCGGGAUCAUGGGUGCUUUCUCUUCUAUAAGAAAACUCGUUCUUGAUGCCCAAAAGUUCAAGCUCUUCAGCAAUGAUAUUGUCGAUUGAUAUCUAGUUGAAGCGGAGGUUAGUCAUUGUGUUGUUUGUUAGAAAGAGUGAGAAUGUUGAAAUUGAGAUGUAUUGUUAAAAUUUAGUGAC